AUGGCAACGAGAUCUGCCCAAGCCCUCAAGAAGCUAUCAUUGAAACCGCGCUAUGGACCGUUUAUUGGAGGCAAGUUUGUGACCGGUGCAGGCAACGAGCAAGUCUAUCACUCAAAGCAAGACUAG